UGCUGAAACCCUGGACCAUCAUUCUCUCCCCCUGCACACGGUGUUCACAGUAAGAGCAGGAGAGAACCAGCUCCAGGAUGAUUGCUGUGCUGCUGAUGGUGUUUGGACUGACCCCUGCCUACAUAUUUCCUGUCAGUGCUGACAUCCCUGUGUACCCAAACUUUGACCCCCAAAAGACUGUCGGGAAGUGGCACCCCAUCGGGAUGGCUACCAAGUUGCCUGAGUUGACUGAGUAUGAGCAGAAAAUAUCACCGAUGGACCACACGGUGGAGGUUUCGGAUGCCGAUAUGACACUCACCGCUAAUUAUAUGUCGGAUGGUGUCUGCAAACAAUCAGCUCUUGUGUUCAAGCACACUGACAAACCUGGUGUAUUCGAAUUUCCUGAUGGUAUUGCCAAAGUCAUGGAUAUUGAUUAUGAAAAGUAUGUCAUUAUGUACAAGAAGAAAUUAGAACACGAAUCCAUGUAUCUGUCUGCUAGGGGAUCAGAAGUGGGAGAUGACAUCAAAGAAAAAUUCAAGAAAUUAGUUUUGGAGCAAAACUAUCCUGAGGCACACAUCAAAUACUUUGGGAACGUCGAACAAUGCACUCCAAAAACUGCUUAAUAACCAGAUACAGCAUUUCUCCAGAUAUAUUUGCAGCAUUGGUUAAUAAUCAGAAACACCCAAUAAUCAUUACUCUUUCUGGUUGGUGGAGAUGAUGAUGACUACGGAUCAAUGCCUCUGUCCACUCACCACAUUUCUGGCUUGUAGAAAUUGAUGCAAUUAGAACAACAACAUCUUUGGGUUCCUCCCUC